AUGCUCCUAACUUCGCUCAUUCUUGGUUUAAGCCUCGUGGGCUUUGGCGUUGCUGCUCCCUCUUAUCCGCAGACCAUUAAAGCCCGCCAGGCUUCCGGUGCUCAAAAUGUUGUUUAUUGGGGAGGCACGAAUAACGAGAAUGAUAACCUAUCUACGUACUGCAAGCCUAAUGCGGGUAUUGAUAUCCUUGUGCUCUCUUUCUUGGAUAUAUAUGGUACCACCGGAAACAUCCCUUAUGGCAACAUUGGAAAUUCCUGCUAUAUCGGCGCGACGGGAGUGCCCCAGCAAUGCGAUGACCUGGCUGCCUCAAUAGCUACUUGUCAAGCGGCUGGCAUUAAGAUCAUCUUAUCGCUUGGAGGCGCCGCCGGCUCUUACUCUUUACAAUCUCAGUCCCAGGCUGUCGCUAUCGGUCAGUAUCUCUGGGAAGCUUAUGGCAACUCAGGCAGUACUUCCGUACAACGGCCCUUUGGAAAUGUAUUCGUGAAUGGAUUUGACUUUGACCUUGAGUUGAAUGCCGGGAGCCAAUACUAUCAAUAUUUGAUCUCAACUCUCCGGUCUAACUUCCUCAGCGACCCCACGAAUGCGUAUUACAUUACCGGCGCUCCGCAAUGCCCGAUCCCGUUGAGUUUUCCCACCCACCCCAAUUUCUACAUUGCCGGAUAUGUUACUAACAAAGUAUUGCAAGGGAACCCAAUAUGGGAGAAAUUAUUAGUAGCUCGGUGUUUGACUAUCUUUGGAUUCAAUUUUACAACAACAACGGCUACGGUCCGGACCCUUGUUCUCUCGGGUUGCCAGGCGAUGCGCCUUUUAACUUCAAUAACUGGACGUCUUUUAUUGCCACCACGCCCUCAAAAAACGCCGUAUGUUCGCUCCAACUCACCGAUUCGUGUUUUUUACCAGGCUACUGACAAUCUGGCCAAGAAAUUAUUCAUCGGAGUACCCGCUAAUACCCUCGCUGCCACUGGUAACGCUGGUGGUGCGGUUUACUACGCCACGCCCGCUCAGCUUGCCACUAUUGUCCAAAACACUAGAUCUAGCCCGGCAUUUGGCGGAAUAAUGAUGUGGGAUGCUGGUUACUCCGAUGCCAACGUGAUCAAUGGAUGCACUUACGCCCAAGAGGCGAAGAACAUCCUCCUAACCGGUUCCCCUUGUGGUGGCUCCCAGCCCGUCAGCUCCAGCCUCCCGACAACUACCGCAAAGCCCACCAAGUCUGCCACUAGCACCUCGUCAGCAACAGGAUCAGGUCCGACGGGGACGGUUCCCCAAUGGGGCCAGUGUGGCGGCGAGGGUUACACAGGCCCAACACAAUGCAUUCCCCCAUUUAAAUGUGUCGAGUCAAGCCAAUGGUGGUCAUCCUGCCAAUAG